AUGGUCAUUGGUCUGGGCACAGGACUGUGCAGUCGGUCUGGGACAGCGUGUCCUGGGAGUAAGCCCAAGGCCAGUUGUGGCCAGCCCUGGAGAGACAGCCAGAGCAGGCCAGCAGCAGGAGGCCAGGCCGGGCCGGCAGGAGGUCUGCGGCCUGGAGAGAGAGUCCCUGGUUGUCUUUUACCCUAUCCAUCGCCUUGUCUUGGGCAACCGAGCUGUGACUGCCCCCAGGGAGCAGGCGGCCAGCGGCCGGGGGUCGGUCCAGUGGCAGAUCUCGCCCCCCCAACCAGGCUUCUCCUGCUCGCUGUCCUCCUGCUGCUGCUGUGUGGGGCCACGGCCAGCUGUGUCCGGUUCUGUUGUCUCCGGAAGCGGGCACACGCCCAGCCACACCUGCCAUCAGCACCUGAGCCCUGCGACCUGACAGCCAUCCCCGCGGACAGCGACAGCCCCAUGCACAGCACUGUGUCAUCCUACAGCUCUGUGCAGUACCCGCUGGGCACGCGGCUGCCCCUGCCCUUUGGGGAGCUGGACCUGGACUCUGUGACCCCUCCUGCCUACAGCCUGUAUGCCCCUGAGCUGCCGCCCUCCUACGAUGAGGCCGUCAAGAUGGCUAAAACCAGACAGGAAGAGCCACCCCCCUCCCAGUAGCCCAGCCCCCUACCUGAGGCCUCAUGCCUAGAGACCCCUCCAGGGCCCCAGGAGUGGGGCCGCAAUGCCCAACACCCCUGGCUGUAGCCCUGGUGCCCCGCGGAGGGGGCAGGAAAGCUCUCCUGAGCCUUCCGAUGCCACCGGCCGCUCUGUCCUCACAGGGGACUGUGCAAGGGCACCCCAGCCCACC